UCCAAUUCUCAAAUCCUCAUCCGCUCGUUCCCCACACCUCCGGCGACCGAUCGCCUCCGCCGCCGCCAUGGGCUCCGACCGCGGGGAGCUCGCGCGCCUCUGCAGCGGCCGCAACUGGUCCAAGGCCAUCCGCCUCCUCGACGCCCUCCUCGCCCGCUCCCCCUCCUCCAUCCACGACCUCUGCAACCGGGCCUUCUGCUACUCCCAGCUCGAGCUCCACAAGCACGUCGUCAAGGACUGCGACCGCGCCCUGCAGCUCGACCCCACGCUGCUCCAUGCCUACGUCCUCAAAGGCAAGGCACUGUGCGCAUUAGGGAAGAAAGAGGAAGCUUUGGUUGCUUGGGACCAAGGACAUGGAAUUGCUGCCCGCGACACAAUUGACCUGAAGCAGCUGCUUGAGUUGGAAGAAUUAGUUUCUUCUGUUAAAAUUUGCGAGACGGUUGAACGUGAAGGCGUUGUGGAUUUAUCACCAUGUGAUACCAAAGUUGUUAUCUCAGAAGAUUGUGUUGCAGCCACAACAACUGAUACAAAAUCUGUUGUCUGUGAAGAUAACAUUGAAAACUCCAAAGAUUCAUCAAAUGGUGAUAUGACAUUACCUAAUAGCUGUAAAGACCAUAAAGAUUCUAGCAGUCCAGCAAAUGACGCCACAGGGACACAUCCAAAUCCCAAGAAAACUUCGAAGUUAGAUAAGAAAAAUAAAGCAAAAGGAAAGAAGGAAAUAAUUGUCCACUCGGAAGAUGUGGAAGAGAGAAGAAGUUUGGGUGAAACUAUAGCACUAGAUGAAGCAUUAUUUGGUACGAAAGUAUCAAAAUCAUCCAAAUCAAUAAGUUUGGAUUUCCGACUUUCCCGAGGCAUUGCACAGGUAAACGAAGGAAGGUACGACCAAGCUAUAUCCAUUUUUGAUCAGAUACUGCGGGAAACUCCAACAUAUCCGGAGGCACUGAUUGGGAGAGGGACAGCAUAUGCAUUUCAAAGAGAAUUGGACUCUGCUAUUUCUGACUUCACCAAGGCUAUACAAUCAAACCCAUUAGCUGGGGAGGCAUGGAAGCGUCGGGGGCAAGCACGCGCUGCUUUAGGAGAGUUCGUUGAGGCUAUUGAAGACUUGACUAAAGCAUUGGAAUUCGAGCCAGAUUCUCCUGAUAUUUUACACGAAAGGGGAAUUGUGAGCUUCAAAUUCAAGGACUACAAUUCCGCAGUCGAAGAUCUCUCAACAUGUGUGAAGCGUGACAAGAAGAACAGUUCUGCACACACUUAUUUAGGUCUUACUCUUUCAGCAGUGGGAGAGUACAAACGUGCUGAAGACGAGCAUCUCCUUGGUAUAAAAUAUGAUGGAAGUUUCCUUGACAGUUGGGCUCAUCUUUCUCAGCUUUAUCUUGAUUUGGCUUAUCCAGAGAAGAUGUUGAAUAACCUUGAGAAAGUUCUUCAAAUUGAUUCGAGGUUUUCCAAAGCAUACCAUCUACGUGGAAUUCUUUACCAUGGGAUGGGUAGGCAUAGGAGUGCUAUUAAAGAAUUAUCAAUUGCUUUGACAUAUGAUAGUUCAAGUAUUGAGUGCCUAUACUUGCGUGCCUCUUGCCACCAUGCUGUUGGAGAAUAUAAGGCUGCGAUCAAAGAUUAUGAUGACGUACUUGAUCUGGAGCUUGAUUCCAUGGAUAAAUUUGUGCUGCAAUGUUUGGCCUUCUAUCAGAAGGAAAUGGCUCUAUAUACCGCUUCAAAGGCCAAUUUAGAGUUCUCUCAGUUCAACAUUGAUGAUGAUGUUGACGCACUAUUCAAGGAAUAUUGGUGCAAACGACUGCACCCGAAAAAUGUGGCUGAAAAGGUUUAUCGCCAACCACCAUUACGGAUCUCACUGAGAAGUGGACGCCUUAACAAGCAAGACUUCAAGUUCACAAAGCAUCAAACAAGUCUUCUCCUAGCUGCGGAUUCAAUUGGGAAGAAGAUUCAGUAUGAUUGCCGCGGCUUUUUGCCAAAUCAACGUCAGUACCGCAUGGCUGGGUUAGCUGCUAUUGAGAUUGCCCAGAAAGUUUCCAAGGCUUGGCGCUUUCUGAGAAAUCCAAAGAACAGUGCGAAGUUAGUCAGGAGAAGGGAUAAGCUUAACUUGAGCGUAAACAGGGGAGGUUAUUGUAGCACCAGUACUUUAGCUGGAUCUCCAACAUCUAGUCCAAGUGAGGAAAAGGUUUCCUCUGGGAUUUCUCUCUCCUGGCAGGAUGUAUAUAAUAUAGCUGUGAAGUGGAGACAGAUAUCUGAACCUUGUGAUCCAGUUGUUUGGGUCAAUAAGCUAAGUGAAGAGUUCAAUUCUGGAUUUGGCUCUCACACCCCACUGCUUCUUGGUCAAGCGAAAAUUGUUCGCUAUUAUCCAUAUUACCUAAGAACUCUGGAAGCUGCGAAAGCCAUUAUGCUUGACUUGAAGUAUGUCAAUAAUGCGGAGGAUCGUGCAAUUUUUCUUACGGAUAUUGAAAAGUUGAAAAAGAUAGAAGUUGCAUCAUCAUGCUCGGAUUUGUACAAUAUAGUUGGUGAGACCUACUGGGUUGCUACUAGAUGCGACAGUAUCGCAUUUCAGGGGAGGCGUCUUGAAGGGACAAGAAUUACCACUCAAAACGUGGGCAAAACAGGAUUUGACUUCGCAAUCCGAACUCCUUGCACACCAUCUAGAUGGGAGGAAUAUCAGGAAGAAAUGACUGCUGCUUGGGAGGCCAUUUGUGAGAUAUAUUGUAGUGACCCGAACCCUACGCGCGACUCCAAUGCACUUGAUGCUGUGAAGGCGGCAAUAUUGCGCAUGACAUAUUACUGGUACAACUUCAUGCCACUCUCAAGAGGCACAUCGGCUGUCGGCUACGUGGUGCUGCUCGGCUUAUUCCUGGCUGCAGGCAUGGAUAUAACAGCGAGCAUCCCUCCAGGGGUUCAGGUGGACUGGGAGGCGCUGCUGUCCUCGGACCCGGACACCUUUGUCGAUGCCGUCAAGCCCUGGCUGUACCCAUCCGUAAAGAUGAGCAAGAGCUUGAAAGACUACGCGGACAUCAGCGUCGCUUUCGGCACGACGGGGUCGGUCAUAGCUGCCCUGACUUCUGUCGACACCUGAGCUUAUGAACGGUUCUCACCAAAUGUUAUAGGUCGAUCCAGUUGUUAAUUGUAACAAUUUUCUUUGUUUCACCAUAUGCAUAAAUUUCCCGCGGUUUGCUUUCUUUCGAUCUGCAGUGCUUGGAAGGGUUGUGUGCACAAGCAUCAUGUGCUGCGAUCAGUGUUGUAACUUUAACAAUAAGCCCAUCGUUUUUUUUUCCAUUGGAACAAAUAGUUCUUUGUAACAACAAGAAUAAUUGUAAUUGCAUGUAACAUUUUCUUGCGUGAAGGAACCCAUCUUUGGAUGAAUUGCA